GGAGAAAUGGCGGGGGAGGCGGGAGAAGGGCUGCUCGCUCCGUCAGCAGAGGCGUGAGAGGACGGGGUUCGGCGGCCAUGCUGCGCCUCAGUGUCCCGCUGCUUCUCCUCUUCCUAGGGAGGCCGCUGCUAACGCUGGCCGUGCCAGAAUCUUCUGCUGUCUUACCAGCACCGCAGAAUUUGACAAUUUACUCAUAUAAUUUGGAGAAUAUAUUGAGAUGGUCUCCAGUUAAGGGGAUCAAUGGUUCAGUGUUUUACAGAGUCCAACUCUCACACUCGUAUGCAACUUGGAAAAAUGUAACCUGCACAAAUAUAACAAAGCCUGAAUGUGAGUUUGAUCAUGGCAGUUUUUUGUCCAACAUCAUUUUACGAGUUCGGGCUGAACAAGGGGAAUUAAAAUCUGCCUGGACUAAAACGGUUCGCUUUCAAGCAAAAAGAGACACUACUUUGGGACCACCAAGAGCAAUAAAUAUUAUCCCAAAACAAAAUUCGCUUCUUGUAAGGUUCUUGCCUCCCUUUGAGUAUACAGCCGAUUACCCUCCUUUUAAAUAUACAAUAGACUAUUGGGAGAAGUCAACAAGCACAAAAAAGACAAACACCACCAUGAAUACAGAAUACACCUUCAGGGAUCUAAAGGAAAGGACAGAAUAUUGUUUCCAAAUAAAAGCAGAGCUUUCUGUAAUAAAGAAUACAGGACAAAGCGAUCCUUAUUGCAAACAAACUGAAACCACUGAAGCAACAAUAAUUCUCUAUUUCACACUGGUACUUGGAUUUGCAGUUUUUGUACUUGUUGCAAUAUUUUUGUGCUUGAUUGUUAUUCGGAAGUAUCGAAGUACAAUUAAAUCUUUUUGGCAGGCUCCUCUAACAAUACCAUCCCACUAUGAAAAGGACUUACAAAAUGCUGAAAUGAGUAUGGGUGAAGAAUUUCAGAACUCUGUAGGAGAAGAGCAGUGGGAGACUGUAUCAGUUAUCUCCAAUGGAAAAAGCCAAACUAUGACAAACAGCUUUACCAAUGAAAAUCAACAAGUAGAUUUAUUGAAAGUAGAACAUAGAUGACAAUUUGAAAGAGCAUCUUCAUCUCACAUCCAUUGAUGCUAAACCUUAAUGAUUUGUUUCAAUGGUUUCUUCUAAAGAACAGCCAGUUGCAACGCAUGCCCCUCCAUGUGAAUUGAAACCAACACAAAAUGUGUGUUAAAAGGACCAAGAUACUAUGGCUUGAUAUAUAUUUGAAGGCUUCUCAGACGACUAAAGGGAAUGUUUUAUGUGCUAUCUCAUAUCCUAAUGAUUCACCAGAGAAUAUGGGUAUUUUCCAUUAGAAUUAUUGCAUGAUGAGUCACUGCUGUACACGAAAACAAUGAAGAACAGAAGUCAGUUUUAACAUGCAAUUUAACCAGUGAAACUGCUUGAGACUGCAGUGCUGUCAAGUACAGGAAAAAAGCACAAAGAAUGUUCCAGUGCUCUGAUUUAGUCUAAUCUACAGAUGUGGUAUGUGGGUUUGUUUUUAAGCUGCAUCAGCUCUUAUUCUGAUUAAAGCAUAACUGUUUUACUCCAAUCUUAAUGCUGUCAGUUCACUUCCAAGCUCAGAUGGAGGUGUUCAUUCUUACCUUUUAAAGCACUGUGGCUCUAUCUAGCUUCAGGAGGGCCUACUCCCACUUUUCUCCCAAUCACUUGAGAUGGCCUUCCUCUGUUUUCCUUCCUCUACCGAAGAUCUGAAAGGGUGUAGCGUAGGACCUCUUUGUCAUGGCAUCCUCAUUGUGGAAUGCCAUAUCUUCAGCAUUUUAGUUACUACCAUCACUUUAUAAUUUCCACCAAUAUCUGAAAAUGUUUGUUUUAAAAGGUCUUUAUGGGCUCUCAUGCAUUUGUUGAAUGUGAUUUUAUGUUGGAUUAUUUUUGCACUGAGUUGUAUGAGAUGGUUUCCUGACUUUGAAUCAAUUGUAAUCACCUUAUAUUUUUGCUGUGAAAACUAUUUUGAGCAGAGAAGUACUAGAAGCAAUACUUAAAUUGUACAGCUAUAUAUAUAUAUAUGUUUACAGUAAGAAUCAAGUUGCAAUCAGGACAGCUGAAUUAAGCUCUGAUGUAACUGCUUCUUGCAAGGUGUAAAGGUUUUCUUCAUUUGUUUUUCAACACCAUACUUACCAUACCCUACUUUGUGCCCUUAUUUUGUUUUUGCUAAUAGUGGGUAAAUAUUGAUCUAAUAGACAGACAAUAAAAUAAUUGUGUGUACUGUAAACAACCCUCAAUGCUGAAAAGUAAACCAAAUGUGGAAUAAAUUCACAUCUCCUUUUGAGACAUGAUUAGAUAAUAUGAAAAAGUGACUUUUUUACCAUUUGAGUUAUUUUUUAGUAAGAGAGAAAAAAAGAACAUUUAACAUUUCCUGCUUGUGCCAAGAAACAAAAAAAAGGAAGCUUCUGUUGCUAAUCCAUUCUUUUUGAGAAGCUGUGGCCAUAUUGUUGUAAUGUGUCCUUGUUCACUUCUAGUAUUAUAAGCAAUUACUGUGUAAUCUCACUUUUAAAAUGUUUCAUAUAGUUCUCUAUCUUUUGUAAAAAAAAAAUGCCUUUAAGAAGAGAGACCUGUCCUAAAAACCAGCACUGUUCACAUCAUUAUUACUCCCAUGUCCUGAUCACCCUCAUUUUGCAGAUCUUGACAAAUAUAAUUCAGAAAUAGUAAGAAUUUGGCUUUUAAAGCAUCAAAGACCUUAUUAAGAUUAAAAUUACUGAACAGUUUAAAGGUGGCCAACAAAUUGGUUGCCCAUUUAGAUACCCAUUCUCCCAGUUAGGAGAGAUCCUUCUGAAGGGAUGCCUUCGAAGAGAUUUGUAUGAGCUACCCUAUAGAAGCUACUAUUUUGGAGAUUUGUUGGAAGUCUUUAUGGUCCACACAACUCCUAAAUACCACCUGUACUGCACGGGUCUACUCAAAAACUGAUAAUUGCACCUUACUCCUGUACAGCUUUGUUAUAUAAAUAAGAGUGUCUUUGAAAAGACAGGAGGCCACUCUUCCACAUCUUACAGUAUUGUAUACUGCUAAAAGAACCUUUUGGGAAUAAAUAUUUGGAUUAGUA